AUGAAGCUUUUAUUGCGCGCAGGAGCCUCUCCAGAUAGCAAAAAUGUUAUUGGUAAUACAGCCGUUCAUUUAGGCGCUGGAUUCAAGGGGACGCAACUGUCUAUGGAAUUGGCGGAUAUGUGCAUUCGUGCGGCCAAAACGUCAUUCUUGUAUGGCAAGGAUGUCGUUUUGGAAGGAUUGAAAAGUGCUGACAUGAAUGGCAAAAAGGGAGUUGUUGGCGGGUACGAUCCAGAUACCGACCGCAGAUCAGUUUAUGUUCCCGAGGAUCGAACGGAUGUAUCUCUCGUUGAUUUGAGCCGCCACCAAGCAGCCUUUGGCCUCUUGCCAGUCGUUCGCAUGGUUGCCGCACUCGCCCGAGCGCAAGCCAAGAAGAACCACGAUUCUUCCAAGGAAAAGGCUGGAAAUGUCUGUGCCAGCUGUCACAAACCGUUGGGAGAAAGAGGGAAUGAAGUGCUCAAGGUGCUCCGUGACCUCUUAUUGCAGCCGCGAGUGCCAAGUCGACCGUUGGAAGAAAGGAGACCAUAA